AUGGCACACCGGUCUGCGCAGCAGGAUGCCACAGGUUACACUCCCGCCCGGAUGAUGUUUGGUCGAGAGAUGCGGCUGCCUUUGGACCUAGCCACUGGACGACCACCUGGGGACGAGCUACCACAAACGGCCCCUAAGUUUGUAGCGACGUUGCAACAGCGGAUGGUGGCCACGCGGCGACAGGUGUCGAGCAAUCUUCGCCUCGCAGGGCAAGCCAUAACCCGCUGUUACAGAGCGGCCACUACUGAUGGAAGGGACUGUGAACGCACAAAACGCGGGAACAUUUUCAUCCCCUCCACAGAGGUAGUUGAGAGCGGCAAAUGCUGGGCGAAUGACGAGCACAACCGCACUCUUCCCACUGACAGCACGGCAAUGGGGACCCCCGGCCGUCGGCAUGACGUUCCGGUAGUGGCACUCCCUGUCCCGGACCUUCGCCAGAAGUAUCCCUGUGUCUGUUGCCGUCCUGUCCUGUGCUGUCCUAGGCUGCCGCUGAGGUUAAGUGCGUACCUGUCGUGGCUGUGGAGGCUGGAAGGACGUGGGGGCUGCGAUGCGGGAACACAUCAUGACAAGAGGCUUGUGAGCCUUGAAUAUUCAAGGACGCAGGAACACAUGAAAGGAGGCUUGUGGAACUCAAGGAAUAUACAAGUCCUCCAUAGUCCGUCACUGAAGUCCGGACGGAUCAAAGUUACUACGUGUAAGUGCUGUGUUUCUCUCCUAUAUGGGGGUUAUCAGGGUAUCACAACUAGUGGCAGUGUUCAGAGUGCAGUGACUGGUGUGCCAGACAGUGGCACUAAUUCUGAGGGAGGCGUCCAGGAGACAGGCAGCACGGAGACCAUACAGCAAGGCACUAGUGGCGGGUGUGGGGUGCAGGCGAGGGGGGAGGAAUUAGAGGGCAGGGGUGUUGGAGGAGGAGGCAGCAGCACCAUGCAGGGUGUGGAGCGACUAAGGGAGGUGCGGGGCCGACUGGAGGCACUGAGAAAAUGGCAGGAUGAAUGGACCUGCUUCAUUUGCUGCCAUGUCCGCACUGGCACCAUUGUCAUUGGCAUAUGGCACAUGUUGCUGCACCUGAUCAGCCUGUCUCUGAUUGCUGUCAUGAUGGUUCACCCUGACAUUCUGAAGCAGUCAGGUAGUGGUCAUGGAGGAAUGAAUUCUGGGACAGAGCAACUGUCUGUGGAGCCACUGGAUGUGCAAGCAGUCAACUGUGGGACUGAGAUGCCAUGUAUCCUGGCAGCACAGGGAGAUGGCAAAACAGACCAGGUCACUUCUAAUGACUUCUCCUUGUCCCUCAGUAAUUUUAUGACCACCCAUCGCCCCAACACAGAUGAAGUAAAUGUUGCGCUCUUCAUCACACUCUGUAUGUUCAUUGUGACACUGUUGCUGGUGCAUGGAGCAUUGCGCCGUCAGCCCUCACACUUGAUGCCCUUCUUCUUUCUGCAGGUGUUUGACUUUUGUAUUUCAAGCAUGACAAUGAUUGGCUAUGUCUCCUAUCUUCCAAACAUCCGUCAGCUGAUUCAGGACAACCCAGCUUUCCCAUUCCAGCAACAACUCCUUGCAAUGAACACUAAAUGCCUUACCUUUUUUGCAAUGUUAAUAUUUAUAUCAACCUUGAUGGUCAAGGCAUACUGCAUUAGCAUUGUUUGGCGGUGUUACAAGUACCUUAUGUUGAAAGCCCAGGCAGGCCGAUCAGUCUUGCGGUACUUGGGAGGAGUGUCUGGUCCAGUAGAUCAAGAAAGUCAGACCUUAGUCAUGGGUCAAGAUCUCCCUGACUAUGACACAGCCAUAGCUGAUCCACAAUACAGAAAGAAGCUGCCGGGUAUGUUCCCCGAGCCGCCUCCCUCUUAUGAUAUGGCCAUGGCAGCCCUCGUUGCUCAGCAAGAAUCUGCCAGUGAAGCAUGUGCAGGUGGGGCAUCCUCCUCCCCAUCACAAGAGCAUUCUUCAGCCGCCCAAGACCAAACUCUUCAUGUGUCUGAAAAUGUCAGUGGUGGUGAAAAUCUGUCAAGUGUUUCUACCACAAAUAGCACUACCAAUGCCCUGGUCAAUGAUUGCAACACAGCAUCUCGUGCUGUUCAUUAGGAAUUGCAAGUUUUACCAGAAAUAUUGUUGUACAAGA